CAUGUCACGUCUGCUUAUCAGCUCAAGGGAUCUGCUGUGAUCAGAUCUGACAGUAAGACCAUCAUAAAAACACCUGAACUCAGAGCAGUUGGCGCACAGAAGCUGCACACGACCACGCCGACAACAUGAAGCCGAGACACAGUGCCUGCAAUCUGCUGGUAUUUUGCAGUGUAUUGUGGGUCGUCUCCUCCUCGGUGAAUGCUUCUCCUCCUGGUUGUGACUCCACGUUGGCGUUCUCCUCAGACGUCGCCUCCUCGUCUGAGGGAAACGGGAACAUCCACAGCAGAUCGCUGUCUCCGUGGAGCUGGAGGUCGUCCACCGUGAAGAACCGGAUCCCCGCCACCCUCUGGGAAGCCGAGUGCAGCAACAGCUUCUGUUCCAGUCCCAACCCCGGACAGCCCAACAAAUACAACAUGAACUCCGUCCCCAUCUACCAGAACGUCCUGGUCCUGAACCAGCAGCGCGGGGUUCACUGCUACACCGCAUCGUAUCUCUCUGUGGCUGUCGGCUGCACCUGUGUUGUGGCCAAAACCAACCAAAACUGAUCCAUCUCGACCCGAACAAAUA